AUGGCUAAAGGCGCCAUCUUCCUCCCCACCACCACCCCCGCUUCCGCCCAGCCCAGGCCAAAAGCCGCGAAAUGGCCUCUCCUCCUCACAUUCACCAUCCUCGCCUCCCUCCUCCUUACCUCCCGCCCCUUCUCGUCCACAGCCAUCCUCAAGACGCUGGGCGUACACAAGUCGGAGCCUGCGAGGAGAGAGGAUCUAUGCAAGCAGGCAGAGCCGACUGUGCCGAAGGGAUACAACACCUCGGCCAUUCUGGAGGAUCGCGAAAAGAUCAUCGACAGACUCAUCGGAGCUGUGCAAAUCGGUACAGAGACUUUUGACGACCUCGGCAAGUAUGGCGAGGAUACUCGAUGGGACGGCUUUCCCAAAUUGCACAGGUACCUAGAGGAGCAAUUCCCUCUCGUACACAGCAAGCUCCUCGUGACCAAGCCCGACCCCGGCCUCGCUCUCAUCUACGAGUGGAAAGGCUCGGACGAUGAUCUGAAACCCGUCCUUAUCACCGCCCAUCAAGAUACUGUACCCGUACUCCCCGCCUCCCUCGACCAGUGGCUCCACCCUCCAUUCUCUGGUCAUUUCGACGGAGAAUUCAUUUGGGGCCGCGGCGCUACCGAUACCAAAUCCAGCCUUAUCGCUAUCCUCAGCACUCUCGAGCACCUCCUCCAGGUGGGAUUCAAGCCCGAGAGGACGAUCAUCGUUGGGUUUGGAAAUGAUGAAGAGGUCGGAGGACCUUAUGGCGCGGUGUUGAUUAGCAAAUACAUUGGAGAAAAGUACGGUAAAGAUUCGCUCGCCAUCCUCAUCGACGAAGGCAACGGACUCAUCUCAUCCUACGGCCAAAAUUUUGCCACCCCCGCCGUCACCGAGAAAGGCAGCACCAACAUCCAACUCACCGUCAAAACCCUCGGCGGUCACUCAUCCGUCCCUCCCCCACACACCGCUAUCGGUCUUCUCUCUCUCGCCAUCGCCGAGAUCGAAGCGCACCCUCACGGACUCUCUCUCCCCACUUACUCGGCUAUCUACGGCUUCUUGGAGUGUGCGGCGGGGCAUGCUGGGGAUUUGCCGGAGGGGUUUAGAAAGUCGGUUUUACGAGCUGCUGGGGGCGAUGAGAAGGCGUUGAAGAGGUUGCCGGAAGCGUUUGUUGAAGUAGGCUUUGAUGGCGUCCCCGCUGGCCCGGGUCAGGGUAACGUCCUGCGUGCUCUGCUUGGUACGACACAGGCUACCGAUAUCAUCAACGGCGGCGUCAAAGUCAACGCUCUUCCCGAAGUCGUCUCCGCCAAGAUCAACCACCGUAUCAACAUCGACUCCAACUCUUCCGCCGUCACCUCCCGCCUCCUACACCUCCUCGCUCCUCUCGCCCAAACAUACAACCUCUCCCUCUCCCUCAACUCUUCUUCUUCCUCCAUCUCCCCCCUCAAGCCUGUCGUGAAAGGCGGUGCUGGCGAAAUCAUCCUCGACGACGGAGGGCGUAUCGGCGAAGCCGCCCCCAUCUCGCCUUUCGACAUCAACAACGGCGUCUGGGACGUAUUCGCCGGGACUGCGAGGGGUGUAUGGGCUUCGAGGAAGGAAGUGAGCGAGGAUGGGUCGGUUGUAGAGCUCGGGGCUGGGGAUGAUCUUGUGGUUACGCCUUUCUUGCCCCUUGGCAAUACCGAUACGCGACAUUAUUGGGACUACACCGAUAACAUCUACAGGUUCAUCUACCGUCCAUCCGCCGGCGCUUUGGGGGCUCAUACUAUCAACGAGCGAGUUAACGCCAAAGAUCUCGUCGAGCUUGUGCGAUUCUAUACGACGCUCUUGCUCAACUUUGAUGCUGCCAAGGACGUCUCGAGAAAGUAG